AUGGAAGCCAAGAUGAGAGGGAUCCCGAAACGCCAUCGCAGCAUCUUCCUCGGAGAUGGUAACGCAGCUCCAGCCCCGGCUAGGGACGUAUGGGAUAUCGACGUUGGUGAAGCAAAAGCAGUGGCUUUACGUGCUAGGCAGAUUGCCGCACCUUUCUUGGUGAAGGUGUUCGAACUCCUGAAGAAGCUGUUGGAGGCAGAGCUCAUUGAGCAUUCAGAGUCCGAGUGGUCAUCAGCUAUUGUGAUUGUGCUGAAGAAAAACGGCAUAGACAUCCGAAUGUGUAUUGAUUACCGACUUCUGAAUCUGCUCAUAAAGCUAUCUCGCUACCAUCUGCCCUUGAUCGAUGACUUGCUUGUAGACUUCAAGUCCGCAAUGUGGUUUAUGAGUCUCGACAUGGCGAGUGGAUUCUGGGCAGUGCGAAUGACCGAACGUGCGAAACUGAUCUCGGCAUUUGUCUGUCCGUUCGGCCAUUUCCAAUGGCUCAGAAUGCCUUUUGGAUGA